AUGCGACUACGGGAUCACCUUUCCGGAUGUACGUACAACGGCAUCAAAAUCCAGGGUGCUAUCAUGUUUGACAUCUCUGGCCCCACGAUUCACCUUAAUCCUUGUCCAUCCAUUCCCCCUUCCCUCACGAACAUCCCACCUCCCUCGUCUUCUCCGCACCCCCCAGAAUGCCAUAUCACAAUCUCUCAUCUGGCCUCUCAACUCGGACAACUGGGACUCGCAAAUAUUCUACCUCGCGAACUAGGGUUGCCGCGUCGAGCCCCAGACCGCCGCGGUCACGGUCGCUCCGACCAACCCUGGGAUGGAAACAACAUGGACACCUGGUCCGACGACCUAUCCGAACUAGUCGAGCACCUUGGUCUCAAGGACAUCAUGAUGGUCGGCCACUCAACUGGCGGCGGGGAGAUAACAAGAUAUCGUGGACGCCAUGGAACGAAACGUUUUAAGAAGCUGGUACUUAUUAGCGCUACAACUCCGUUGCUGGUAAAGACGCCAGUCAGUCCACACGGCGUGCCGAUAGAAGUCUUCGACGAAUUUCGCGAGGCCAUGAUAAAAGACCGCUCAACAUUCUUUUACUACGUACCCAAAGGCCCAUUCUUUGGGUACAAUAGACCUAACGCAACCAUUAACCAAAGCCAAACAGAUUUCAGAGAGGAGUUGAAGAAUCUAGAUAUCCCGGUUUUGGUGAUUCAUGAGGAUGAUGAUCAAGUUGUGCCGAUUGAUGCUGGGGGAAGGGAGACAAUCGAGUUAUUGAAAAAUGGGACUUUGAAGGUUUAUAAGGGCGGUCCGCACGCGCUGCUGAAUAUAGAGGCGGAUGGUAUUAAUAAGGAUUUGUGGUGGUUAUACGUGGAGGUAUAUCACUCUAUGAAGUCCACACAUAUCAAUCACCAUGAUUUUAGCCCCCCCAAAGCCAUGAAACAGUCGAUAGAUUUUGAUACCACCACCAUCUACCUAUGCAAUGCAAUAGCUUCCUUUGAUUCCACCAUACCGGAGGCAAGCGCAAUACGAUUCCGAAGGAUAGCCCAAAUCCAUCCCACUUCAAUUAACAGAUGA